AUCCGCACGUACUUUCAUAGAGUAUGAUGUGAGAAAUGUGAGCUUUGUGAAUAAUUUACGUAAUUUUUGUAAUAUUGGCUUACACCAACAUUGCUAAGACGGAAACGUUAUUCUGUGUGAUCUGACAAAUGUGUAUUCAUAAACGUAAGCCGUUCAAGGUGUCAAAAUUUUAGUACGUCAAAAUUCAACAUACUAAACGUGAUAGUUAUUGGUUAGAAAUAACAGCGGUCAUUUUUGAAAAUGGAAGUGAUUCUUUGUCGAAGUACGAGAUUCGCCACCACUUUAGGGCUUGGCCCAACGUUUGCGACUAAAAAUUUGUUGGAAUCAGUACGUUUUAUUCAGUGCACAGAUCCAAAGCGCUGGAAAUUCAAAAUUACCGAAAGGUAUCCGCGGUACGGGAACUUGUCUUGCAACUAUGUUCCAAUUUUUAAUCACAUUGCCUCGCAUCAACUACCAUUUAGGUAUAAUAGCUUCAAAAAUGGUGUUUCAAUGGCACGUUACUGUGACUCGAAACAAACUUCGAAAGAAGGCAUACAAUCAGAAUCACCAAAAAAGUUAUCCCUAUUUGCAAAGAUGAAACAGAUGACCAAGGAUUAUUGGCACAUCUUAGUACCAGUGCAUGUAGUUACUUCUAUAGGUUGGGUUGCUAUAUUUUAUGCAGCAAUUAAGAAUGGUGUGGAUGUUGUACACUUGAUGGAACUUAUGAAAUUUAGUCAGAAAUAUUUAGACAUUAUGCAAAACUCUGGUGCAGGAAUUUGGGCUUUAACGUAUGCCCUAUACAAAAUAUUUACACCUCUCAGAUAUACUGUUACACUAGGACUUACAACAAUGGCUAUCAAACGGCUCAUCAAAUUAGGAAUUGUUAAACCUUUACCAUUUGGUAAACAUCAAUUGAUAUCCAAGCCUGCGUACGAAGCUCUGUACAGCAGAAUCAAAUAAAUCUACGCAUACACACAAGACGGCAUUUAAAGCGGAACCUCCGAAAACGUAGCGGGUAUGGAACAGAAUUGACUAAUUUUUAACUGAAUUUGAUGUUUCGAUUUUCAUAAAACUCGAAACGGAAAUGUACGAAUGGAUGUGCAAUGCCUCUUGUAAAUGUAUAAUAUUAUUGUAUUAUGAUAAAAAUUACUUGUAAAAUAUUA